GGCGACAAAGCCGAAGAAGCCAUGCCUCGAGCGCGCUUCAAUUCAAUUCAAUUUUGAAAAACAAAAGACACUCUCUCUCUCUCUGUGGAGUCGACCGUUGACGAGAAGAAACAGCUUCACCAAGCAAAACUCCCAAAAUCGAAUACCACAUUUGAAUGUCAUACACUAUGAGACGCCAUGGCUUUCAACGUCCUCUCCACUCUUUACAGUUUGUUGGCAUGGCAAUUUAUACUUUUCUGGUGGUCUGUUUCUACACUUUCCUCGGACUUUUCCUCGGAAAUCGAACCGCCGAGAUGACACUUACCUUCAUCUUUUCCUUCAUGGCAAUUUCGGUUAUGUUUCUGUUUCUGAGGUGUACGGCGAUUGAUCCUACAGACAGAACAAGUUUCAGGAAGAAGAUGAAGAAAAAACCUAAAAGGAAUGGAAUUCCGAAGCUGAACUAUGGAUUCAUUAUUGGUCAGAUUGUGGUGAGGUUUUUCAGGAGGGUGGAAAAGAAGAUGCUUAGGACAUUCAUUAAGAGGAAGUACUUGGAUCCAUUCAAGACUAGUGCACAAGUGGAACCUCUUCUCCCAUUUCCACUUGUUGUGAAAGAUGAUGAUGAUGCUAUUGCCCCUGAUCUUAAAGAGGAUGACAUCUCAUUUUGUACACUUUGUGAUUUUGAGGUGAAAAAGCACAGUAAGCACUGCAGAACAUGUAAUCGUUGCGUCGAAGGGUUUGAUCAUCAUUGCAGGUGGUUAAAUAACUGUAUUGGGAAAAGGAACUACACUUCGUUCUUUCUUCUAAUGAUUUUUGUCCUGUUAAUGCUUCUCAUUGAAGGAGGGGCUGCAAUUGCUAUAUUUAUCAGGUGCUUUGUGGAUAAGAGAGGAUUAGAAAAGGAGCUUCAGAGGAAGCUUUUUUUAGAGUUUCCAAGAGGACUUCUUGCCACCAUAUGUAUGUUACUUCUCUUAUUGACAGCUUAUAGUUCAGCUGCACUAGGGCAGCUUUUCUUCUUUCACGUGCUGCUAAUACGUAAGGGGAUGAGGACCUAUGACUAUAUUCUGGCGAUGAGAGAAGAGAAUCAAGCCAUGGAAUUGGAAUCAUUUGAUGAUUCUGACCUCUCAUCAGAUGAUAGCAUUGAUUUUGACUCACCUGAAAAGCCAACACUAAUGUCAAGGUUUCUAUGCAAAGGACAGAGGGAAAACCAGAGCUCACCUAGGUUGUCUAUCAAGAUUGAAGGAGAUACUGAACCUUCUCCUUUGAUCAACACAAAAAGGUUUCAUGUAAGCAUUAACCCUUGGAAACUCAUAAAGUUGACCAGAGAAAAAGCUCUACUGGCAGCUGAGAAAGCGAGGGAAAGGCUCAUGCGAGAAAGACCGACAAGGGAGCAUAGUUCGUUAAGACCUCUUCCAUUGGAGACAAAACGCGGACCAUUGAUGGAUGCGAUUAAAGAUAUUGGGAAUGAGGGAAUUGGGUCAACACCUUUUAUAGCAAAAGAGAAACUUCCUGUAUCACCAAUAAGGCUUUCAAGUCCAAGAAGAAGAUUUUCUGCAGGCUCGCCAACGGUAUUCUCUAGCAGCGUGAUUGCAUCUCCACAGCACAAGUAUAGAAGCAGUUUUGACUUGAAGCUAGCAGGUGUGUCUAGGGAGCUUGAAACACACAUUUCCAGGCAAGUUCUAUGUUCAGUUAUCAGCAAAGAUGGAAGUGAACCUUCCCCAAGAUAGGCUUUGUAUUUUAUAAAUUGAGAAUGAUUCUCAAUCUUAGAGAAAGAUUUGUUAAUAUGUCCAUUUUUUAUGUAACAAUGAUUCCUUCUAAUUUAUACAUGGGGUUAUCAAACUUUAUGUAACAUGAAUUUCUGUUUACUCUAUAUACAUGGGAUAGUUAAGCCAAUGGACCUGUAACAAUAACUCAUUUAUCAGUUAAUUCUCAUACAUAGGUAAUGCAAUCAUCUAUCUGUGAAUUUUUGUAA